AUGGGCAGCAUCCUCUACGACGUGAGGGAGUACGAGCACGCCCUCUUCGUUCUGGGCCGAGUUGCCGAUGGCGGAGCCAAGGGCGUCUCCUGCUGCGUCCUAUCGAACUCGAAUAAGCUGCUUGGUCGCAUCUACUUCAAGUACAACAUGUACGAGACAGCGAUAGAGCACUUUCGUGCUGCAUUGCACGAGUGUGGUGAGGCUGACUACGAUGCUCUUCUCUACCUGGCUGAGAUGUACAAGAAGAUGAAUGAUUUGAGUAACACGGUUGAAUGCUACCAGGAAUACUUGAGAAGGAGUAUUGGGAAGAAUAAUGGGAAGAAUAGUGAAAAGAAUAGUGAAAAGAAUAGUGAAAAGAAUAGUGAAAAGAAUAGUGAAAAGAAUAGUGAAAAGAAUAGUGAGAAUAGGCAAAGAAUACAGGAAUACUUAGAAGAGUGUAGUGGUAGUGGUAGUAGGGUGGUAUAG